CGUGACUCAAACUGCACGAGGAAACCUACAGGUUGGAGGUCGUGCCCUUUCACCUCUCCGCCCGCUAACUUUGCGGCCGUCUAAAGCUUGUCCCCAGCUUUCGACGCGAUGUCGACCGUGUUAUCUCAGCCCCAUUUCAUUUUCGGCCUCCGGAAAGGCGUGAAGAACAACUUGUGCUUCGUCGACGAGCAAACGGUGGCGUUCCCCAGCGGGAACAGCUGUGUGAUCCACAACACCGUCAAAGGAUGGCAGCGCUUCCUUCCAGGUUCAGAGGGAAGUCUUGGCCUAUGUGCUUUGGCUCUAAGUCCAAACCAGCGCUACUUGGCAGUGUCGGAGAAGGCUCAGAAGGCCUCCAUCACCGUGUUCGACCUUCAUCAGGAACACGGCAUGAAGAGAAACGUUCUAACUGCGGGAGAUUUUCUGGUUCAAGAGUUCUUGUGCAUGGCUUUCUCUCCUGACUCCAAGUACCUUAUCGGUCAAAGCGGAGCCCCACAGUGGUUGUUGGUCUUCUGGAGUUGGGAGAAAAACAAAAUCUUGGCAACAGAGAAGACGACCAACUCUAAUAAUCCCAUUUCACAGAUCAGCUUCAGUCCUCACAACAACAUGCAGGUCUGUGUGAGCGGCAAGGGCGUAUUUAAACUGUUUCGGUACUCAGAAGGCAGCAUGAAACAGAACAGCAUUGCGAAGGUGGAGUCAAUCAACAUCCUGUGUCACACCUGGGUGUCAGAAGAUCGAGUCAUAGCAGGGACAGACACAGGAAGGCUGCUGGUGUCUCAGUCUGGAGACGUGAGGAGGGAAAUCAAGGUGUCCUCUGAAACUGCGCAGGGCCAGAAUGAGAGGAACCUGCAAGUGAGGCGAAUCAAAGCAGGGAAUGUGACAGAAGGCGUGGCUAAGUGUUGCAUCACCGCCAUCCUGUCCUACUCCAAGGGUUUUGUGUGCUCCACUGGUCCAGGCACAGUCUCCCUGUUUGAAAGGAUAGAGGAUGACGGCUAUAGAAAAAGCAGAGAGAUACAAAUUCUCCCAGCUCCAGCCAGCAGUGACUCAGCUCCAUCCCAGUGUCAGGAGAUCGACACCAUGUGCAUGAGUCCUGCAGAGGAGACACUGGCUGUCAGCACAGACCGAGGCCAACUGUACAGCAUUAAUCUUUCAUCUGCUGAAAUGAAGCGGGAGGAACAUCUACAUUUUGACUUUUUGUCCCAGCCCUUCCACUCUGAAUCCAUCACUGGUUUGUCCAUCUGCAUCCGUAAGCCCUUCAUGGCCACCAGCUCUUUGGAUUGCUCCGUACGGAUCUGGAAUUACGAGACAAAAGAGAUGGAGUUGUACAAAGAGUUUCAGAAGGAGGCGCUCAGCGUGGCUCUUCACCCCACGGGCCUCUUUGUGCUGGUGGGCUUUUCAGACAAACUCCGCCUAAUGAACCUGUUUAUCGACGACAUCCGUACCUUUAAAGAGUUCGCGCUGCCCGGCUGCAGAGAGUGUGCCUUCAGCCACGGUGGCCACAUGUUUGCGGCCGUUGACGGAAGCGUUAUUCACAUCUACUCUUUCACCUCGUUUGAGAACAUUCUCGAUCUAAACGGCCACUUUGGGAAGGUGCGGACCGUUGAGUGGAGCUUCGACGACAGUCGGUUGGUGUCUUGUGGGACAGAUGGCGCCGUGUACGAGUGGAACAUCCACACCGGGAAUCUGGAGUGUGAGACUGUGCUCAAGACCUGCAGCUACUUCGGCGCGGCUUUCUCCUGGGACUACAAGACCGUCCUGGCUGUAGGAUCGGACCUCAUCCUGAGGGAGAUACAGGACUGCCAGGUGCUGAAGGAGGUUCCCGCUGAUGUGGUGCCUCACACUGCUCUUGCCGUGUCUCAGUCCGGCAGGGUCGUCUUCACCGGUACCACUGGCGGAACCGUUAGAGCCGUUAAAUACCCGUUACCCGAUCAGAAGGAGUGGAUCACAGAGCAGGCUCACUGUGGCCCUGUCACCAAAAUGGUGAUAACAUACGACGAUCAGUUCCUGCUGACGGCGUCCGAAGAUGGCUGCCUGUUGAUAUCCAAAAUCGUUGACGAAAAGGGUCGAGGUCUGAGGAGCGACAGGCAGAUUGUCCACACCGAAGAGAUUCUUGUUUCAAAGACAGACCUGAAGGAAAGGGCUCGCAACAUGUUGGAGCUGAAGACGCAUCUGAAGGAGCUGCACAUGGAGAACGAGUACCAACGCCGCCUGAAAGAGAUGAACCACAAAGAGGAGCUCCAACAAGUGUCAAACAAGUUCAUAGAGGAAAUCAAGACUCUGAAAACAACACAGCAGAUCCUGAGCACCGAAAUAGAGCGGUGUGAACAAGAGACCCAGCAGAAUUCUGCAGACGUUGAAGUGAAACACUGCAAAGACUUGAAGUAUCUAGAGCAAUUCUACACCUCCAAGCUGUCUGAGGAGCAUGAAAAGUAUGAACAGCUUCUCCAGAAGCACAAAGAAAUGCAGGAGGAGUACGAGGCGCAGUUGAUUCAUGCACAGGAGGACCGGACCCAGAGUCUGGCUGAGAUCACGCAGAUCUACGAGGACGAGCUGCAACUGAAGACUCAACACAUGAACAAGUAUCAGGAGAAGGCUGAGCAAAGGAUCCGAGAGUAUGAAGAAACCGUACGGCAAGCAGCAGAGAAAGAGCAGGAGAAGCUCCACUCCAUGGAAGACAAGUAUGAGAAGAAACUCCAGUCAGAGAAAGAGGCCGUCACCAAGCUGAAGGGAAACAGUGGCAUUAUGUCACAAAAGAUCCACAAUCUCCAGAAGCAGAUCGAUGACCACUUCAAUGACAUAACCUCCAUGAAGAAGGAGCACAUGUCUCUGGUGGCGUUCAUCCGCCAUCUGGAAACCGAUAUUUAUAUGCUGAAGAAACAGGUUUCCAAACACAAAAAGACCAGCCAGGAAAAGGACAAAGUCAUAUCCAGGUUGGAUACUAUGAACAAGGAUCUGCAGAAUUUGAAGGUCAUCUUGGAAUUCAAGCUGAAGGAGAUGAAGAAGCAGAUCAAGCCACACCAGGAAGACAUAAACAAGAAAGCAGAAAUGAUACAAAAGCUUGAGGACGAGCUCAUGUUCAUCACCAAGAGCAGCUCUCAUCUGAAAGUCACCAUAUCUGACCUAAGGCUCAGACUGAGGACCAAAGACAAAGAAAUCCAAAAGGAGAUGCAAAAGGUGCAGGAUUUGUCAACGCUUCUUGAGCGGGUCAGGUCAGACCUCGAGGUUUGUGUCUCCUUCAUCACGGAUCCCAGGAAACUGAAAGACAACAUUUUGACGAUAUACAGCCGAUACGCCUCAGGCACAGAGAGUGCAAAGAGGAGCGGCGCAGUUGACGCUAAGAAGAGUGUGUGCUUUCAAUGUGGUCAACUGGAGAUGACUGUUAGCAGUCUUCAGAAGAAGCUGGUCAGAUCUGCCAAACAGCACGAUGAUGUCUACACCAAGAUGAUGAAGGACAAUGUGGCUCUUGUUACCGAAAUCAACGAACUACGCAAAGCACUGCAUGUCGAGCGGAGCAAGGACAAAGACGGCAACGUUCAGUAAGGCCUCCUACAAUAGUCCAGGUCGCAUCCCACUUGGAAAGCAAGGAGCUGAAGAGCAAGCUUUACAUGGCGGGAUCAACUGAGCCCCUCCUUGUUUAGAGGAUUUUGACAUUUACGUGGACAAAUAAAAAAAGGAUUUUUAUAGGUACAAAUC